UUUCAUCUUUCAUUAAUUCUCUUAUAUUGUUGUUAUAUAUACAAAAGAUAUAUUGAAAAAAACUCAAUUAAAUUUCAAUUGAAGAAAAUGAGAAGAAAGUGUAAUUUGGAACUCACUCUUUCUCCUAGCAACUUGUUGAUGGAGGAUAAAAGAUUAGAGAAUGAGCAAUCACAACAGCUAACUAUAUUUUACAAUGGAAAAUUUGUUGCUUCUCAUGUUACUCAGCUUCAGGCUAAAGCUAUAAUUUAUCUUGCGAGUAGAGAAAUGGAGGAGAAAACAAAUAAGAUGUCUGAGCCUUCAUCACCAUUAUUACAACCUCAAACUGUGAAGAAAUCUUUACAGAGAUUUCUACAAAAAAGAAAAAAUAGAAUUCAAACUUCUCCAUAUCAUCACUAGUUCCAUAUGUUUUGUAUUCAUUGAUCUCUAGUUAUUAUUAUUUUUAUGUGAGACCUAAAAAAAGAUUAAUUCCUUUACAUAGGUGGAUCAUAAUCAUUAAUUAAGCUCAACACUUGUGUAUCACUAUUUACAGAUUUUGGAAUACAAAAUUAAAAUUUCAUGUUUUUGUUUCA